UAAUUGUUUUUAUUUUUAAUUAUAAAGGCAAUAUCUCACAAUCAUAUUGCAAGCUUUUUAUUUCAUACAAAUGAUUAUUUAUGACAAUACUUCAGCUUUUCAAGCGUGUUUCAAUCCAAAUUAAGCUGGAAAACGUUUCACUUCUUCAGUAAUUAUAUAAGAAGGUUUUAAGAAGUUACAUUUAACUGACAAUACUUCGAGAAUCUGCAGCUCUACAUAAGAAUGGCUCAGAUCCAAGUAACACUGCAGUAAGCAAUACCUUAAAUAGGCAGCAGAAUUGUUCAGAUUCACCAGAAGAAACCAAUUCCCAGUACGCGUUGAAUGACGCACCACACGAGACCUCCCAUCCAUCAUCAGCAUAUAAAAAGCAUUGCGGGGAGCGCGUACAAAUCACUGCACCGAGAGCACAGAACCAGUCAUUCUGGAUGAUACCAGCCAGGAGCAUGGAGGUGAACACAACUGAUAAAGCUCUUCUUUCAGUUGGUGGCACCGCGACGCUCUCCUGUUGCAGCUAUCAUUCCGAAGGCACCGCAACAGUUGAUAUGCAUUUGCCGUGCGCAUCGCAUUGGAGACAUCCAGAGCCAAAGGCACGAGUGGUGCGCUCCUCCAGUACUGGAAAGCGACCCUCGUCGUCUGAACGCAAUCCACGGAGAUCUCUGGACCCCUUCUCCGCUUCUCAGCUCCAUAAAACAAAGUAUAUGAGAUAUGAGAGUAAACACGACGAUCUGGUCAGCGUAAAACCCAGUCAUUACAGGCGCAUAGUUGUGCUCGGCGCGCCCCGGGUGGGAAAAACGGCGGUUAUACGCCGUUUCCUCGGCGAUGAUGGAUUUGAGGAACAUUACGAGCCAACGACCGAAGACUUUCACAGCAAACUGUACCACAUCCGAGGAGAGAGAUACCAGCUUGAUAUCCUGGACGCGUCCAAAGAGAGAGACUUCCCUGCCAGACGAAGACUGUCUAUUCUGACAGGCGAUAUAUUCCUGCUGGUGUUCAGCGUGACCGACAGAAAGUCUUUCACUGAGGUCUGCUCCUUACGCGAGGAGAUUUUCACUGCCAAAUCCAAGCUGGCCAAGUCCAAAGAAAACAGACAGCUUCCAAUUAUAAUCUGUGGCAAUAAAACUGACUUAAACUCCUCGAGAGCUGUGCAACACUCAGAUAUCAGCCAGUCUCUUGGGGAGGACAGUGUCUUUUUUGAGGUGUCUGCUAAAGACUCCACCAACCUGGAGGAGAUGUUCGAAGCCCUGGCGGUGCUGGGAGGGCUCCCCACAGAAACCAGACCCUCUCUCCAUCGAGACAUCUCAAUCCACACGUAUCAAGCGCUCAGCAGCAGAAAGAGAAACAAAAGAUCCAUGAAUGAGCCGUGUGGUGCGGUGCAACCGCUCGCGCGUAGACCGAGUUUCAGUAGCGAUCUGAAGCGCGUGAUGGGGCCGAGCACCCCUAAAAGAUGUACACCUAUUGAGAGGUGCCAAAUACAGUAAAAGAGUAACGUUAGGGACUCUGUUUCAAACCCAUGAAUAAUAAUUAUUCAGCUAUGUAAGAAUUAUUAAAUUCUACAAGUCCCUGGCUGGACCAGAGGACAGAUUAUAAUGUAUUUGUGAAAUGUCUUUAAAACCCUGCUGGGAAAUCAGGCUUAAGAUGGUAUAACUGGUCUAAACUGGUCAUUAGCUGGGGUAAACUGGAAGGCCAGCAAAAAACCAACUACACUCUUAAAAAUAAAGGUUCUUUAGGGUUCCAUGUAGAACGUUUAAAAUGGAAUCUUUCACAAAAUGUUCCUCACACUAAAAGAAUGGUUCUUUUAAGAACAGUUCACUGAUAAGGAACAAAAAAGGUUCCUUGCAGUGCAAAAAAAUAAAAUAAAAAAAAAUGCUCUUUUGUAACUUUUUAAGAGUGAAAAAAAACGUGGUAACCUGCAAUUACCUUAAAUAGCAUUUUCUACCAAAAUUUAAACUAUACAAUGAGUUUUGCUGGUAUACGUCAAUGUGUUCAUGUUGAUUCAAUGAUGUUAAUGAUAUUUUGACUUGAUUAAAACCGUAGUUACCACUUUUUCAGUGCAGUUCAUAACUAGUUUGGACCAGUUUCAAAACGCAGAUACUAACGCAUGUAUUUUCCUAUUAGGAAAUGUUGUUAUAUAAGCGAGUAUGCAUGUGUAUGUAUGUAUUUCUUUAUAUUGAGGGUAUUUUACCUCACAUUUGUUUCCAUGUUUCUUAUACUACUGACAAUAAUAAAAGACGCAGUGUCGCACUGUUUAUUCUCAAAAAUGAAUACGAAUCCAUUACCUCAUAUGUGUUUCUACUUUGUCUUGUAUAACAGACAACAAUAAAAUCGUGCUCAAGAAA